UCGGCGCGUGCGCAGAUGCCUUCAAGAUGGCGGCCGCUGCGGCUGCACGAGCGGUUCCUGCGAGCUCUGGAUUCCGGGGCCUGCAGCGAACACUGCCACUGGUAGUGAUUCUCGGGGCCACUGGCACUGGCAAGUCCACCCUGGCGCUGCAGCUAGGCCAGCGGCUCGGCGGCGAGAUCGUCAGCGCGGACUCCAUGCAGCCUCAGGAUGUGGGCACCGGGAAAGCAGUUGACCGGAAAGUAGAGCUUGAAAAGGAAGAUGGUCAUGAACUCCAUAGACGGCUAAGCCAGGUGGACCCAGAAAUGGCUGCCAAGCUACACCCACAUGACAAACGCAAGGUGGCCAGGAGCUUGCAAGUGUUUGAAGAAACAGGAAUCUCUCACAGUGAAUUCCUUCACCGUCAACAUGCAGAGGAAGGUGGUGGUCCGCUAGGAGGACCCCUCAAGUAUCCUAACCCAUGCAUCCUCUGGCUUCAUGCUGACCAGUCAGUUCUAGAUGAACGCUUGGAUAAGAGAGUGGAUGACAUGCUUGCUGCUGGACUCUUGGAAGAGCUCCGAGAUUUUCACAGACGCUAUAAUCUGAAGAACUCUUCAGAAAAUAGCCAGGACUAUCAACAUGGUAUCUUCCAGUCAAUUGGCUUCAAGGAAUUUCACGAGUACCUGAUCACUGAGGGAAAAUGCUCACCAGAGACUAGUAACCAGCUUCUAAAGAAAGGAGUUGAGGCCCUGAAACAAGUAACUAAGAGAUACGCCCGGAAACAGAACAGAUGGGUGAGAAACCGCUUUCUGAGCCGACCUGGUCCCAGUGUCCCCCCAGUAUAUGGCUUAGAAGUGUCUGAUGUUUCCAGGUGGGAGGAAUCUGUUCUGGAACCUGCUCUCAGUAUUGUACAAAGUUUCAUCCAGGGCCACAAACCUGCAGCUACUCCGAUGACGAUGCCAUACGAUGAAACGGAGAACAAGAGGAGUUACCACAUGUGUGACCUUUGUGACCGGAUCAUCAUUGGGGACCGGGAAUGGGCAGCACAUAUAAAAUCCAAAUCUCACUUACACCAACUGAAGAAAAGAAGAAAGUUGGACUCAGAUGCUGUCAGUACCAUAGAAAGCCAAAGCAGUUCCCCAGACUGUGACCCGGAACUUGGAGAGGGGAGUCCCCCAGGCAUCAUGAGCAAGAGCUGAAGGCCAGUAUUUGAGAGACAUGCCUAGUGGCAUUUGCAGAGAUGUGAGGAUCAAGUCCAGGAGGGAGGGGAGUGUUGGUCUCCCACGCCUGCUCUGAGGGACACUGGGCAGAAGCCCCACCGUCUUCUCUUCAUGCUGUGGUGUGGUCUGCAGUGGAAACAGCAGGCCUUUCAGCCCCCUGUGUGUCUGUUGUGUCUGGUAAUGAUGUAGUUCAGGGUGGGAUUUUUUUUUUCUUUGAACCUUAAAGGUUUUAUUUUAGAAAGAGGCACAGAUUGCACAUUUUCUACUUGAGGAUCUUUUUUAGUGGUGAAUACAAGAUUCAGUACAUCCUUUAAAAGAGAGUUCUUGUCCCUAGCACUGGCUAAAAAUAUCUCAUUUCCAGAUGCUUUUGUAGAUGACUGAAGUAUUGUAAGGCACAGUUAGGAGUUCUGGACUUGAGAAUGGCAGGAAGGAGCAGCCCAGGGAGAUGAUUAAGCAAGCUGUCCCAGCUCUGUGAAGCCACAGAAGAGGGGGUCAGGCCGAGGUGGUUGUGACCUGGGUCUUGAAGACUAAAGAAAGAAUCUGAGUCUGCUGAGCUGCUCCUGUGCAUAAUGGCUAUCAUCAUCACUGUCCUUCUAGGGUAGAAAUCUAAAUAUUCUUUUGAAAUGUAAAUAAAAAGGUUUGUAAAAAGCCCUCUAGUCUGUACACAGCAUGCUGCAUUGUCAAUUUGAUAGCUUUUUUCUCAAACUCUGCGUUCAUCAUAGAUGUAGCUAUAUAUGAACUCUCACAUUCCUCAGAGAUCCCCAGAGGGCCUUCAGCUGGGGACUUGUUAUCUCUCUGGGGGUGCCUUCAGAACUCAGUGUUUAGACAUGUAAGUCAGCAUUUUACAUUCACAGUGUUGGGCAGUCUUCACUACUGUUUUCAAAACCUUUUCAUUGUCCCAUUAGAGAACUCUGCACAUAGGAAACCCUAAUUCCCCGGGUACAUUUGGUGCAAGUCUGUUGUAGGACAGACCCUGGAGUGGGCCAUCAGGGCACAGCAGUAGGAGUCAUUCUGCUUUCGGGUUCUCAAAAAUAUUUAUGUAGUCAGCCAGUGUAGACAAGAGUACAUGGAAGCUACAGAUUUCAGUGUAAAAGGGAGAGGAAGAAAUCAUGCAGGAAGGAGCCUCUUGAGCUGGCCAUGGUCACACACACCUUUAAUCCCAGCACCUGGGAGGCAGAUGGAUCUUGAGUUCAUGGCCAUCCAGGACUACACAGAGACCACCACCACACACACACACCACACAAAGGAAGGAGCAUCUCUAUUGGACUUAAUUUUAGAAUCCCAGCACUUGGAAGGUCAUAUAAGCAGCAUGUGUUCCAGCCUGGACUAUAUAUUGAAACAAAAAAAACCCAUAUAAUAGCAAACCACAGAGAAGUUGGGGCUGUAAAUUAUUUGUCACACAGGCAUGAGACCUGAAUUAGAUGCCCAGAACCCACAGAAAAGCCCUGGCAUGAUGGCAGCCUGCUGCUGCUGAUCUUUUGUGUGUCUGUGCACCAUGAGCGUACCUGUCAUCUGUUACGGGGAAGUGGAGUUACAGAUGAUUGUGCACUGCUGUGUGGGGCUGGGAAGUCAAACCCAGACCUCCUGGAAGAGCGUCGAGUGCUCUUAGCCAGUGAGCCAUCUCUCUAGCACCACAGUGUGCUGCUCAUCUCAUUGCCGGGGAGGCAGAAAUGGGACCCUCUGGCUGGCUAGCCUGCUCUAAUAUGCUGCUAGUAAGCAAAUGAGAGGCACCGUCAGGUUGGGGUGUGGCGGGUCAGUGGCUCGGUGGGUAAAGUGCUUGCUCUGGGAGCACAAGGACCUGCACUCUGACCCCCAGCAGCGGCGGGCAGAGGGAACAUCAGAGAAAGGCAGAUCUCAACAGCUCAUUGCCAGCCAGCUUAGCCAAUCCAUAAGCUUCGGGUUCAGUGAGAGACGCUGUCUUUAAAAAAAAAAAAAAAAAGUUUAAAAGGCAGAGGGUUGGUGAGGUGACCCAGCAGGUAAAAGUACCCAUGUAAAAAAGUGGGUGAGCAUCUGUAAUGCACAGCUCGGGAGAGAUGGGAGCAGGGGACAGAGAAUCAUCCCAAAGCUCUGACCAUCUAGCCUGAGUGCAUAGCAGGCCCAAACGAGGUAGGGGGUGAACUGACUUCCAGAAGUUGGCCUCUGGCUAGUGCGUGUGCAUACUUCCCCACUAAACAUAUGCCUGCACAAUAAUAGCUGCUCUUUAAAAUGUGCUCCACAGGCAAGCACACACAGGCAUCCACACACAUGCACACAUACAAAACAGAGUGAAUGGCGCCUGAGGAGGAAUGACAGCUAAGCUCAUUUCUCCGGCCUCCACCCACACAUGCACAUACAUGUACAUGCGGCCUUCCCUCUCACACACACAAAACAGGACCCCUUCCAAGCCUGUGUUUACCUGUGCACAGGCUGUUGUGUAGAAAGCGGGGUGAGAGACUUUGACCUCUUAGCGUAAGUGCUGACUGACUCUUAGUAAGUUUAUUCUGCAGUCGAAGAAGAAGCCAAGCCUGCACCCACCCGCAGCUUGUUCUCCGUGUGAUUUCCUCAGUCAGUGUACUACCUGCUUGAGGAAUGAGCAGGCUGGGAAGCUGCGGCUUGAGUGCAGAAGUGAGUGCUUUCAGUGAGCCAAACACCCUUCUCCCAGCCUUGGAGGGAGAGGCCCAGGAAGAGGGCGGCAGGCCAGGCAGGGCUGGGCUGGCUGUGAGGCCAGCGGAGUCUAGCUGUUACGUGCUGUGUAGAGCUGGCUGGGUUUAGGGAGGAAGCUUACUUUUCUGAAAUGCUUCACUCAGGUUGCUAAAUAUAUUUUAAAGCUUUAAAAAUGUCAGCAGAUAAUCAAGAAAAACAAGUUUUACUAACUCUGCCUCAAAAAGUCUUUAAUCCUUCCAUCUGCAGUACGUGGCAUUGACUUCUCUGAACUCAACUUCUAUGUCUUUUGGAAUGCGAGAAUGUUUUUACCUGCCUUAUCCCACCAGUCAGUGUCUAAUGGUUUUAUUAAGUGCCUGCUAAGUUCGAGGCAGUGUGGUUGAACCCUCUGCUCAUGUUAGGAACUCCUGCACCAACCAUAAGAAACCUGGAGCGGACAGAACUCUAGACAGGCACCGUCCUGCCGUGCUUUGAAUGGCUUUCUGGUGAAGGCAGGCAGAGAAGGAGAAUAGCCCUUGGUUUCCAUCAGACAGGAGAGUAUCAUCAGCCUUUGUACAGAUGGAAGCUGAACCAGAUCAUGGGGGUGGGGGUGGUUUACCAGAGUCCCAGAGCAAGUUGUGGCCAGGCCAGGACACGUGAGGUGUCUCUUCACUCCGGGAGCAGCUCUCGGUGGCUAGCUGGAGAGGACUGUCGAGGCCAGUGUGAGCUGUUGGCUCAGGCUACACCAUCUGGCCUUAGCUAAGCCCCGACGAGCAGGGUCCUUCAGCACAGGUCAGUUCAGUUUCCCACCAGCGGUGUUGGCUGAGCCUUUGCUGAUGAAUUCCAGCACACAGUGAAAGUCACAGUCCUCUUCCUGGUAGGAGUAGCAGCAGCAGCAGAAGGAGAAAUUAAGAUUUCGUUUUCACCCGGGCGGAAGACAUGCACCACCACUGCUCAGACCCCAUUUUAUUUUAUCAAACAGCUUUAUUCUGUAGCAUAGGCCAGCUUUAAACUCGACACAGUCCUGCCUCAGCCACCAGACACUAAUAGAGGUCAUUACUGGCACUAUUACAGGUUGUGAGUUAUCAGGCUGACUUGAUUUAGCCUUUGGCACUUAUAGUUCAAAAAUUGUUGUGUAACUUUUUUUUUUUUUUUAAGAUGGGUCUUCUAGGCUGUCCUGUCCUGGCUUGCUCUAACAUUCAUUCUCUGUCUCCCACCUGCUGGGAUUAUUGGGGUUACAGGCUUGUGCCCCGUUUCCCCUGAAUGUGUGGGGAUUCAUCGCAGUCUCUCAUGCAGGGGAGGCAAACACUUCACCAACUGAGCCUCAUCUCCAGCUUCGGCGUUGUGCUGUUAAAUUGUUGUUGCUUUUUGAGACAGGGUUCCUCUGUGUAGCUCUGGCUGUCCUGGAACUCUCUGUAGACCAGGCUGGCCUCAAACUCAACAGAUUCACCUGCCUCUGCCUUCCAAGGUGUGUGCCACUACUGCCUUGCAAUUUUUUGUUUGUUUGUUUGUUUGUUUUAAAGAGCUGUAAAGAGAGAUGAGUUCUUCCUCUUGCGCUGCCUUGCUUGGGCCUGUGACAGUAAGUGUCCUUGAGCCAAACCUCGGGACCUGCCCUGCAUUUAUCUCCUGAGACUUAGACUAGGAGACAGCUGAUUGUCUUGGGCCUCCAUAUUAAAGCCUAUAAAUGUACACACAUACAAGGAAGUAAGAACUCAAUAAAUGUAAGUUUUGGUGUGUCAUCAUCUCACACACACAGACAGACACACACACACACACACACACACACACACACGAACAACAGGGUUUCUCUGUGUAGCGCUGGCUGUCCUGGAACUCACUCUGCAAACCAGGCUGGACUCUGCUUCCCAAGUACUGGAAUUAAAGGCAUGCACCACCACUGCCUGGCUUAAUAAAAUAUAAGUUUAAAAAAUA